GAGCUCUGACUCUGAAGAAGCAUUUGAGACCCCGGAGUCCACCACACCGGUAAAGGCACCACCUUCACCUCCGCAGCCACCCCCCGAAGCGGCAGCGGCAGCAGCAGUUGUAGCAGAUAUAGCAGAACAAGAAAUAAAACCCCAGGUGCCCUUGGAAGACACAGUUUUAUGUUCAGAAGCUGUACCUGUAACGGAUGUAUCACACAGUGAAGCAGCUGAAGAAAGCCCUUUCCGUCCCCCUUCCCAUUCUUUUUCCACCGUCUUCGAUGAGGACAAGCCAAUAGCCAGCAGUGGAACUUACAACUUGGACUUUGAUAACAUUGAGUUGGUUGAUUCUCUCCAUGCCUUAGGACCGAGCUCUCCAGAAUCGAAGAAUCGUGAUCCCAAAGCGAAUGUUCGAAGAAAAUCUACUGAUUCACUCCCAGUUUCCAAAUCUACGUUGUCUCGAUCUCUUAGCUUGCAAGCUAGUGAUUUUGAUGGAGCAUCUUACCUUGGCAACAGCGAGACAUUAACACCGGCAGCAGAUGCGUACAGUACUGGUUCAAGUAGUGCUUCUAGUACCCUUAAGAGAACAAAGAAGACCAGACCAGCUUCCUUAAAAAAGAAGCAGCCUGCAAAAAAAUCUCUUGAUGCUCCACCGGUGAAGGAAACACCGCAAGAACCAUCUGACCUUGGCCAAGCAGCUUGUGCCUCAGGUGAGGAUAAAACAGUAUCUGAAGCAAAGGCUGACUCAGUAAAGCCCGAACAUACUGAACCUUCUAAAAUCUCUGCUGAGAAACAGGAGGCCCCACCUGUGCCUGAAGGAUCCUACCCUUUGGAUCCAGACAGUUUUGAAGGGAUUAGUGCGUUUAGCACGGGAGGCGGCAAAGUACAAAACUCUCCCCCUGCCAAUAAGAAAACGCUACCUCUUACAACGGCACCGGAGGCUGUGGAGGUGACUCCGCCUGACACUGGAGGACAAGAAGAUCCUCCAGUCAAAGGCAUUGCCGUGAGGCUGGAGUUUGAUUAUUCUGAAGAAAAAGGGGUGAGUGAAGACCAGCAGGAGAGCACUCCUCCUCCCAAAAAAGCAGGUAAAAAGCCUGGUGCUAAAAUGCCACUACGGAGGCCAAAGACUAAAAAGUCAGUGGAGAAGAUUGACAAUGCUCCAACCACUCCGACCAAGUCACCCAUUGAUCCAAAUGAAAUCCCUAUCACAAAAGGCUCUUACACUUUUGAUAUUGACAAGUGGGAUGAUCCCAAUUUUAACCCCUUCUCAUCUAGUACAAAAAUGCAAGAAUCGCCCAAACUGCCUCAACAAACGUACAGUUUUGAGCCGGACAUGUGUGAGGACUCUAUUGACCCUUUCAAGUCUUCUUCUAAGAUAGCCAACUCACCCUCUAAAUCUCCAGCUUCCUUUGAGAUACCAGCCAGUGCCAAUGAAACAAACGGAACUGAAGGAGACAACUUGAAUAAACCUGCAAAAAAGAAGAAGACGCCACUAAAGACUGAUACAUUUAGGGUGAAAAAAUCGCCAAAAAGAUCCCCGCUAUCCGAUCCUCCUUCUCAGGAUCCCACUCCACUGCCUACUCCAGAAACUCCUCCCGUCAUAUCCACGGUGGUUCACGCGACAGAUGAGGAGAAGCUGGCAUCUUCAGUGACCAGUCAGAAAUGGACCUGCAUGACUGUGGACCUGAACAUGGACAAGCAGGAUUACCCACAACCCUCUGAUCUGUCUACGUUUGUUAACGAGACUAAAUUCAGCUCUCCUACAGAGGAAUUGGAAUAUGGCAACUCAUAUGAAAUAGAAUAUAUGGAGAAAAUAGGCUCCUCUGUGCCUCAGGAUGACAGCACCCCGAAGAAACAGUCUUUGUACCUGAUGUUUGAUGCGCAGCAGGAGAGCCCAGUCAAAUCGCCCCCCAUCAGACUGUCUGAUUCCACAACACCGUGCUCAGGGUCAAGUUUUGAAGACCCUGAACCGCAGCAAUCCUCUGGAAUAAAAAUACAACAUCCAGCUUCCCGAGUCCUAGCUGCCAGCCAAGAGGCACACUUGCAGUCGCCUGACAAGUUGAAGCAGAAAGAUCUAGAGCCCAUGACCCUGGGAACAACUCCAGAGGCUAUUGAAAUAACAUCUCCUGAAGACUCCUUUGUCUCUGCUGAUGCUCUCCUCAAUAGGAUAUCUAAGAAAACCUCAAUAUGUGAUCAGCCUGAAUAUCUAGAUCCUGACUUAGCAGAAAAGAACCCCCCAGUAUUUGCUCAGAAACUUCAGGAGGAGUUAGAGUUUGCCGCGAUGAGGAUAGAAGCGCUGAAGUUAGCCAGGCAGAUUACCCUGUCUUCUUUCUGCUCCGAGGACACACAGAGAGAACCUGCUAUCCCAGCAGAUGUUUCCAUCUCUAAAAGCGCACUGUACUCCCAGAUGGGCACCUCGGAUGCAGAAAGCACCACGGGUCUUCUCUACCCCCAGCAAGACGUAGACUCUGCACUAAGACUCGCCAGAACGGAGAUUGUGGCCAAGGAAAGGGAAGUAUCUGAGUGGAAAGAGAAAUAUGAAGAAAGCAGAAGGGAAGUGAUGGAAAUGAGGAAAAUAGUUUCAGAAUAUGAGAAGACGAUUGCUCAGAUGAUAG